AGUCAUUGGUCACUCCCUCCCUUCCGAAGAAAGCAACUUCCAUAAAACAGGAAAAAAGACCUCAAUCCAAAUUUCGAAAACUCCCAUGUCUGAAAUUUGCAUCAUCUCCAGAAGCUGAAGAAGCACACUACUACUGUACACAGCUGAUCAGUCUAACGAAGAAAGCGAGAGAUGAGAAAGCGCGAUUUAGCCAUUCUCAUGCUCGCUGCUUUCGCCAUUUUCUUCUCUCUCCAGCAUGAGGGAGAUUUCUCAUUCAGAGAAGCAUGGUUCCAUCUCUUGGAUGAUUAUCCGAUCAAAUACGAAGCGGAUCGUCUUCCUCCGCCUAUCGUAGUUGAUCUUAAUGGCGAUGGCAAGAAUGAAGUUCUCGUUGCCACUCAUGAUGCUAAAAUUCAGGUGUUGGAGCCUCAUACUCGACGUGUUGAUGAAGGAUUUAGCGAGGCACGCGUUCUUGCUGAGGUGACUUUGUUGCCUGACAAAGUUCGUGUUGCCUCUGGGAGACGUGCUGUUGCUAUGGCGGCAGGUGUUAUUGAUCGAACUUACCGGCAAGGGCAGCCACGUAAGCAGGUGUUGGUCGUAGUGACAUCAGGAUGGUCCGUGAUGUGUUUUGACCAUAAUCUCAAAAAGUUAUGGGAAGUAAAUUUACAGGAAGAUUUUCCUCAUAAUGCUCACCACAGCGAGGUAGCAAUUUCAAUAAGCAAUUAUACCAUCAAGCAUGGAGAUUCAGGAUUGGUUAUCGUUGGUGGAAGGAUGGAAAUGCAAGCACAUAUGUUUUUAGAUCCUUUUGAAGAGAUGAAUAUUGCGGAGAAGACUGCAGAACAGCAUAGAAGAAGUGCAGGUGAAACUGAGUCUGUGGAGAGCAAUGACGCUGUUGAUCUGCGACACUUUGCAUUUUAUGCAUUUGCGGGUAAAAGUGGCCAACUCCGGUGGAGUAGAAAGAAUGAGAAAAUUGAAGCGCAUUCCUCGGAUGCAUCCAUGUUGAUCCCACAGCAUAACUACAAGCUUGAUGUUCAUUCAUUACACAGUCGUCAUCCUGGAGAGUUCGAGUGCAGAGAAUUCAGAGAAUCUAUUCUUGGAGUAAUGCCACAUCAUUGGGAUCGGCGAGAGGAUACAUAUUUUGAAUUGGCCCAUUUCAAACGGCACAAGAGGAAGGUACUAAAGAAGCUUUCUGGAAAAAAAGGUACUUUACCAUUGCACAAGCCUGAGGAACAUCAUCCUCCUGGAAAGGAUUCAACAAAAAAGAUCUCAAAGUUGAUUGGAAAUGCUGCACAAUAUGCUGGCUCAGCUAAAAUGAAGAAGCCAAUGCCCUACAUACCCACGAUAACAAACUACACACAGCUUUGGUGGGUCCCUAAUGUUGUUGUGGCUCAUGAAAAGGAGGGCAUUGAAGCUCUACAUUUGGCAUCUGGCCGAACACUUUGCAAGCUUCAUCUUCAAGAAGGUGGACUUCAUGCUGAUAUCAAUGGAGAUGGUGUGUUGGAUCAUGUCCAGGUGGUGGGCGGAAAUGGUGCUGAGCAAACAGUUGUAAGUGGAUCUAUGGAUGUACUCAGACCUUGCUGGGCAGUAGCUACCUCUGGGGUGCCAGUGCGAGAACAGCUUUUUAAUGCUUCUAUUUGUCAUCAUUAUUCUCCUUUUAACUUAUUUCAACAUGGUGAAUUCUCCCGAGGUUUCGGUAGAGCUCAAGAUUUAAGUUCCUUGGAGGUUGCUACACCAAUUCUUAUCCCGAGAGAUGAUGGCCAUCAUCAUCGGAAGGGAAGCCAUGGGGAUGUGGUUUUCUUAACAAGCAGAGGGGAGGUCACAUCAUACUCUCCUGGUGUACACGGGCACGAGGCUAUCUGGCAGUGGCAGAUUAUGACGGGGGCAACAUGGUCAAAUUUACCAUCACCCUCAGGAAUGAUGGAAUCUGGUAAUGUGGUUCCUACAUUGAAGCCAUUUUCACUGCGAGUCCAUGAUAAUCAAAAGCUGAUUCUUGUUGCUGGCGAUCAAGAGGCUCUGGUUAUAUCUCCUGAUGGCAGCAUCAUGACAACACUUGAACUUCCUGCACCGCCAACACAUACCUUAGUUUCCGCAGAUUUCUCAAAUGAUGGGCUAAAUGAUCUCAUAUUAGUUACUGCAAAUGGGGUGUAUGGCUUUGUUCAAUCGAGGCAGCCGGGUGCCCUCUUCUUUAGCACGUUGGUCGGUUGCCUCAUUGUUGUGAUGGGAGUCAUAUUCGUGACCCAGCAUUUGAACUCAAUGAAUGGAAAACCUCGUGCUCCAAGGUGAUUGAUGAGAGUGAUUCUGUAACCUUUGAAAGAUUAUACUCUUCAGAUGUAUUGCACCCAAGAACUACGGAGCAUAAGAAGCAGAUCGUUCUACAGUGGGAUAAUUUAUAGAGGCUGGAAUUGAGGGUUUUCAUUGUAUCUGGUGACGCGGUUGGUUAUACCUUUUUGACUUUCUUGUAACUUGUAAUUUGUAAAUUUGCAGCUCUUGAAUCUUUUUACUUUUUUGGGGGUUGUAUUAAACUAGGUUUAAAGAGCUUUUACUCUUUGACUUGAGCUGUAGUUUUUUAACUCAGUGAUAUCUUCAGGUAAAGUUAAACGUA